UGCGCGCACGGCCGCCGUGCAGAUUGUUCCAGCAAAAAGAGGCAGCGCGAUCCUGAACCGGAGGCCGGCGGCACCGAGCUCUGGGGAUGGAGGGGCAGCAGCAUCAUCCGCCGGGCCUGGGUCUAGGCCCCGGCCCCGGCCCCGGCCCGAGCCCGAGCCCGACCCCGACCCUGACCCUGACCCCUCAUGUUUACUGGGCACAGAGACACCAGGAGCUGUAUCUGAGGGUGGACCUGAGCGGAGUCCAGAAACCUGAUCUCAAUGUCACUGAAAAUACUCUUUCAUUCAAAGCCCACGGCCAUGGUGCAAAAGGAGCCAAUGCAUAUGAGUUUCAUCUUACAUUCUUGGCACCAGUGAAUCCUGAGCUACAGCUCAAGGUCACAGAAAGACAGGUAAAUAUAACAGUGAAGAAAAUGGAGAAUAGAUGGUGGCACAGGCUGACCAAACAAGAGAAGAAACCAAUAUUCUUGGCUCCUGAUUUUGACCGCUGGAUGGAUGAAUCUGAUGCUGAAAUGGAACUUCAAGCAAAGGAAGAAGAGAGAGAAAUUAAUAAAAUGAGUUUGGAGUCAAGAGUUUGGAAGAACUCUUAUGUCACCAUGCAGAAAGGUUACUUAUUUAUGUACAACCUGGUGCAGUUUUUGGGUUUUUCAUGGAUCUUUGUUAAUAUGACAGUUCGACUCUUUGUAUUCGGUCGAGACUCCUUGUUUGAUACUUUCCAUGCAGUUGGUGAUGUGAUGAACGUUUGCCAACUAUUUGCUAUAUUGGAGGUUAUAAACCCAUUGCUGAAGUUGGUGAAAACUGAAUUGGUGCCAGCAGUGAUUCAGGUAAUUGGGAGGAAUAUGAUUCUAUUUGUGGUGAUUGGAAGUCAGGUGGAAAUGCAGAAUAAAGCAGCAGUGUUCGUAGUUUUUUACCUAUGGAGCAUCAUCGAAAUGUUCCGAUACCCAUACUACAUGCUGUCCUGUAUAGACACAGAGUGGAGACUGCUGACGUGGAUCCGAUAUACCAUUUGGAUUCCUCUUUAUCCACUUGGAGUCAUCGCUGAAGCGGUGUGUGUGAUUCAGUCUUUACCAUACUUUGAUGAAACAGGAAGAUUUAGUAUCUUGCUGCCCAACCCAUUCAAUAUCUCAUUCAGCUUCUCCUACUUCCUGCGAGGUUACCUUAUUGCUAUGUUCUUAGGUUUGUUCAUUAAUUUCCGACAUCUCUACAAACAAAGUAACAAGCGUCUCCACCCAAAGAAAAGAAAGCUACGCUAGAAAGGAUACAUAUGUAUUUCUGAGCUGGAGCAUCACCUCGAAUAUUUUAAUUAAAUGUAAACUUGCUGCCUUUAUAAACACUGUACUUUCCUGGAGGUGAAAAAAGCCAUGGAGAAGUGUCAAUAAACCUUCAGUAAUCUAUUGCCCCCUCAUACCAGAUGCAACCUUUGCGAUCACCAUUUGCACCUGAUCAUUUCUGAUCUAUUGCCAGUGUGCAAAACAUUUUGCAAUAACCAAACACAUUCCUAGAUGCUAAGGGCAAUGUUCACUUUGUCUAUUUAUUUCUCUCCUUUAUAAAUGUGGGUUCAAAGAAGUGCAUUCUCUGUGGAGGGAACAUUGGUUUGUAACAAGUUAUAUUGCACCCUUGGUAAAACUAUAUUUUUUCCAAUUGCAGCAGAGUCAUUUUAUAAAUUAAAAUUGGUUUUGUAUUGUGAUGCAAUUUUGAUUAGUCUAAGAUGAUUGUGCAAAGAAUGAGGUCUUACCCAUUACUGGGCAUUAUUAGAUUGAUGACAAUGCUUCAAUCUUUAUGAAUUAGGAAAGUUAAUUUUAAAUUAGCUGAUUUAAUCUCUGUUCUUGCCACCACUCCCUAUGGUGUAUUAUUUAGCAUGACAGUAGGGGAUAUGUUUCACAGCUCUGUUGUUUCCUUAUUAUAAGAGCAAGGUGGUUCAGGGACAAUUCUGUUCCAUUACAAAAUUGCAAUACAGACUCAGAUGAUUUCCAUGGUACAUAGUUACUCUGCUACUGAACUAUUUGUAGUCAUGCUCAUGAAUAUUAACUUCGCAAAGACUAUUUCAUGCGGGGUUCAUUUCAUGCUACUAAAAAAAAAAUGAGGAUUGGUGAAUUAAUAUUAGUUAGGAGGCUUAAAUUAGUGUGCGGGACAGAUAACCAUUAAAAACUGCAAGAGAAAAGCUGGGUUGGGUCAAGUCAGUUAGUUGAAAGAUUGGAUCUUUGCUCGUCAUUCACACUACCACCACUUAAAUCAGCUUUUUUUUUCUUCCUUGUUAUUUUGUUUGUUAAUCUAGACAAUUGCAAUGCAUUUGGAUCCAUAAUCAAAUGGUUUAGAUCAGAAUGCAGCAUUUUAUGAAAAGUUUGAAAGCAUAUCGGCAUGCACAGGUUUUAUUGGGGAAUGGUUAGAGUUGAAGAACUGCUGUUAUCAUUAGAAAGGACUUACUGCAAUUUGAAUAAAUUGUGAACAUUAGAUAAAACUUUGAUCACUAGUUUUCAUCAAUGAGGUUUCAUGCACAGAAAUUCAGCUGCUACAUCUUCUUUUGUCUGUCUAGGUGUUGCCUCUUAGCAAGUUAUAGUUCCACUUUUAUAAAUUGUAAAUCUUGCACCACUGAAGGUGAAUUGCAAGGUGAUUAAAACUUUUAGUUCCUUGGUUGAGGUGACUUCUUGGUUUGUAGAUUAUGUUGGCAAUAAUAUUGUAAUGACCAGACAACUUUAACAGGUUCUGAUGUCAAACAUGAUCUGUGGUUUGUAAUGAAUGAAUAGGCCAAACUGUUAUAAUCAUGUGAAGUUUAAGAGUUUUAGCCAAAGUGUCAAGGAUCACAACCUCUAAUUUCACCCAUUUCUCACAGACCUUGGAAAAUCAGUAGCCUUGUUCAUCAAUUUACGUUUUGUCAGAUGAUCAAAUUUGUCUUCACACUAGAAUUAGUUAAACAUGAAAAAGGAAAUGAUGGAGGAAUUGAACAAGAACUCUGCAUCAGUCUUCAUAGUGGAAGACAUGAGUAACAUCCCAAAAAUUCAAGAGUCGGUCAGGUGUGUGGUGGCCAGCACCAAAGAGAAGAUGCUAGAAAAACUGAAAAUGAAUAAAUCACCUGGACCAGAUGGACUAUAUCCCACAGUUUUGCAGGUGAUAGCUGAAGACAUAGUGGAGGUAUUAGUGGUGAUCUUCCAGGAAUCACUAGAGUCAGGGAGGGUGCCGGAGGACUGAAAAAUCACUAAUGUAACACCCCUCUUUAAAAGG